GGGGUCGUGAGUUAGGAAGUUGGGAUGCAGUCUUAGAGAGUGACACAGAGUCUAAACUUUGUGAUUUUCAUGUUGAGGGCAUAGAUGAAGAAGAGAAAACCCAUCAAGAGGAGUAUGCAAUCUCUAUUCAAGCUACUUCUACCUUGAAGGCUCAUUAUGAGCGGUUGGAGACACCAGAGGCACCUGAUCCUGAAAUACUUGUUGAUUAUACUAAUGAGAGUGAUGCAGGAUGUGUGCUAAUUCCUUGUUCGAACGAUGUGUUCUUUGAAGAUUAUAUCACAUUUUGGUGGUCACAAGAGUUCAAGGGUCUACGCCAUCUGACGGCAUACCUGGAGGAUAAGGUGGAGGCACUAAUGAUGAGUGCUCCACAACUGACAUGCAUAGCUGAGAGUUCUCUCUCAAACGUCAAGCUAGUGACGUUAAAGAAGCGCUUCUUGGGAGGCAACCCAUGUUUUUCAUAACAUUGUUUGUUUGUUUUGUGUGUUUGCAGGGUGUGCUUCAAUGUUGAUGAAAUAAGAGUUUGGCUUAGGCCUUACGGGAGGACACGGGUGAUGCUUAGUUUUCUUCCUUAACCUUUUAUUGUGUUUGUUUGUUUAUUCAGGUUGGACAUUGUGCUGCUCUUUUGACUUAAAUGCUCUUACAAACUAACUAUGAAUGAUGUAAAGAUUUUUUAUUCCUGUUUCAUUAUUCCUCUUCACAAAAUCUUUUCAAAACUCAAGUGUGAGGAAAGAACCAAAAAAAAAAUGUGUCUUUAUUUCAAGGGUUUGUGCCUUAAAAGAAGACCUCGAGGGCGAGGUCUAGCUCAAGUGUGAGGAGGUUGCACUCAAAAGUUAAAACCUUGUUUUAGAACAAUCUUUUUACUAUUUUUGAUAUGAAACAUUAAUUUCUCAAUUUGUUAUCAAUCACAUAAUAGUUUAGAUAAUCACCCUUAUUAUAAAAAUUUACUUUUAUUAUUAUUUUUGAAAACUUAAAUUUGUUAUGGGUUUUUGGUUGCGAAUGUAAAGGUCCGAAUUUGUUUUAAUUGGACAUUAAUUUUAUUCAAAAAAAAAAAAACAUGUUACUAUUAAUAAACCUCUUCAAAACUCAUUGUUAUAGGACAAUUCCAUCUCCGAAAAGUGGCUCUGUUUCAUUCGUUAAUCACAGUCUGUGAGAAUGAAAUAUGCAAUUACCAUGGGAUAACACCGCCAACAAGAGUGAAAAAGAGAAAAAAAAAAAAUAAAAAAAAAAAAUAAUAAUAAUAAAAAAAAAUGGUGAACAAGAUGAAUGUCCAAAUUAGAAUAAUGAAAAACCUUGGGAUAAGGAAUUGAUUGGUGGUUUAACAUAAUAAAUAGUUUUUCUUAAGUAAUACUAAUUUUAAAUUCUUGUAUUUUGGGUAAUUUUUCUAAAAUGUUUAAAAAUUGAGAAUAAAAGAUGAGGUUUUUGUUUCUACUUCUUUAAAAUAGCAAUUAGAUUGUAAUACAGUUAGGCUUUACCUUUUGAGUGUGUUUACAACUAAUUCGUCGCUUGAGGACAAGCAACGCUUAAGUGUGAGGAGAUUGAUAAGUCCAUUUUUGUACUUAUUUUUCUUAUCAAAUUUAAGCGAUUUUUGAAUAAAAAUAGAAAGAAAAGACACAUUUUAUAUAUUUUGGUUCAAGUUUCAUGAAAUCAGGUAAAAAUCACAUCCAUAAUAUGUUUAGCGGGAUUUCGGGUCAAUUGAGCACAAAAUGAGCCAAUAUGGGCAACAAAUGAUAUCAUACCGAAAGAAGGAAACAUUAUUUCAAAGUGGUCCAGAAGACAAUAUUGAAGAGCACAAAACAAGGAACAAGCCGGACAAAUAAUCUCACAGGCGGCCAAACAGGCGGCCAAAAUGGAGGCCUUCGCGGCCGCCUACGGUAUUUUUGGAAAGUCAACCUUUGACUUUGACCGAAUUUGGAAAAGACCGUAGGCCGCCGACACUGGACAGAAGGCGGCCGCCUACGGUGGCCGCCUGCGGCACAAGGGGACGAAACCGACCACCGGUCGGCCAGACAGGACGGCAGGCGGCCAGACAGGACGGCAGGCGGCCGCCUGCUGGACCGCCGGGAUCCGCCGGGAUCCGAUCUGCCAACGAAAAGACGGCAGGCGGCCAUUUGUGACAGAAGGCGGCCGCCCUCUGUGGCCGCCUACGGCUGACGGAGACCGGCCACCGACGGUCUGCCGGCGACAGGACGGCAGGCGGCCAGAGGCUGCCAGAAGGCGGCCGCCUGCCCGGGCGCCUUCGGGAUUUCUUCUGCUAUAAAAACCAGGCUUUUUCCUCAACUAAAACACACCAAUUUCAAGCCCAAAUCAGAUCAAAAAGGGCGUCUUCUUCCUCCUCAAAGCUCGGAUUUCCACCAUUGUUGCACCUUCAACUUCAAUCUUUCAUAUCUUUCUCAUUUUAGCUCCAAAUUGUGAGUUCUUUAUAUGUAUUUUCAUCCUUUCAAUGAGUAGAAUCUGAAUCUGUACUUAGUUUUUUCUAUCUGUGCUUCUAAAAUUUCCAGAAAAUUAUUCCACUAUUUCGC